AUACUGUCAUGUGAUUAUUAGUGCCUCAUAUUACAAAAAAAUAAAAAUAUAUGAUUAUUAACUUAUUCAAAAUAUUAUUAAUUUAAGAUAAAUAAAUCAGAUUAUCGAAUCAAAUCAACAAUGUUUAGUACAAUAAUAGAAAAAAUAUAUGCCGAUGUACGUGACAUGAAAGAUAUCUUAUUGUCAGAUUUAACAAAGGCCGAAGAUGAUAUACGUAAACGAAAUUUUCAACGGGUGAAUUUUAAAGCAGGGUCACAUAUUCGUAAACAUUUCCAAACAAUCCAUGAUGAUGUUAAUCAAUUAAAUCGUACCAAUUGUCAAUUAUCUGAUAAUUGUGCUCAAGAAAUCCAAUUAAUACAUCGUACAUCAUUAUUACAAUCGAAAAAUUUAGCUGAUAUUACAAUGUUAUUUAAUUAUGUGAGUGGUGUUGUAGAAAAAUGUAAUGAUCAAUUAGAAACAUUAAAAAUAACAUUUGAAUCGGUUGAAUUAGGUUUAAUUAAUUUAGAAGAGACAAUUAAUCAAAUUGAACGACAUACGAAAGAAACUGUAUUAUUGGAAAGUUAGCUGGAUUUCUAUGGAUCUGACUAAAAAAUGUACCUUAAAUAUGCCUUAUAACUCAUUUCGAAUACUUAGAAUUAUGUGAUAAUCUUCGUUAUGUUAAAAAAUAUUUCUAAAAAGAUUAAAUUUAAAGAGUUAUUAAACAAUUGAUCCCAUUAAAACUUUUAUUGAUUCCUGAUAUAUAAAUAUAUGCUCAGAUUCUUUAUAUAUUUGUUUCACUCCCAGUGUUAAUGGAGCUUUAAAAAUAUGUAAAUUUUUAAUUAAUUUUAUGACUAAAAUUAAUGACAUCGUUUAACUAACAAGGUGUUUUCCGUAUAAAUUUUCUUUCUAUCGAAUUAACCUUUGAAAGAAAGUUUUCGAUGACCGAAAAGGUCUCUUGACAUAAAGCUUUAAGACCGUAUAUGAUUGGACCUAAUCACUAGAAGCGUUGAAACUCGUAUACACUUUUUUUAACAUUGCCAGUAAUGGAAGCCUUCUCCUCUACCUUAUACUCUUUGAUUCAGGGUGUUCUGAAAGUCAUGCUCAACAUAUAAGGAGUGAUUAGGAGAUUCAAAAACAAAAUGGUCGCAAAUUUUAUCGUAUUUAAUUACGUUUUCAAAUUUUAUAUUUUAUAACAUCGAACGUAAAUAUAUCUGUAAAAUAUUUCAGAAAAAAUUAACAAAUUACAAAUUGUGGUAACUUUUCUUAUGAGUUUCAAUUUUACCAAUAUUAAUCGAGAAAUCCUCAAAAUUACAGAAGUACUUUUUUAAUCGUUCAUCGGUAAUUCAUUAAAAACAAUAACUAUAGAAGCCGUUCGAUUUCCUUAAGAGUGCGCCAGAUCAUUAAACGCCAAGGAACCUUUCAUUUUAAAAUCGCUUCAUCCUUUUCUUAUUAUCCAGAACUUUAGAGACUAAACUGUGCUUGCUCACAUAAUACGUAUUAAAAUUACAACGAAAAAUUUAAAACUAUAUAUAUUCUAUUGAAUGGUUUGACCACAGACAUUUAAUCUGCGGAUUUCAUGACGUAGGUAGGUAGACUUAAUCAUCACAUUAAAUAUAAGAAUUGUUAAAAUUUAAAAUGUUUACCAAUAUUACAUUAGCAGCUUAAAGAUUUAGAGCUUAUAUUAGGUUAAGUAUUAGAAAGUUUUAU